UUCAUAGAGCAGUGGUUGGUCGAUUCUUUACAAGUGGGGUAUUUUGGGGCAGAGAUUAUUACUGAUAAAUUUGCAGGACAAGUCAUUUGGUAUAUUGGUGAUGGGGCUACUAUAUUGUUAGUUAGAACAGAUCCACAUAUGGCUAAUCCUUGUAUUGUCAUUGUUUCAUAUAUUCAGACUUGUUUGAUAGCUUUAUAUAAUAUGUUAGAUAUGAAGGAUCUAAUGGCUAAUGAUAAUUCAGAACUGAGACUUUUCAUGAAUAUUCGAACCCACGUUAUUUCUGGAUACUAG